AUGCAUGCUUUCCUUGCGGGCCUUAUCUCUGUUUUAGCUCUUGCACGCACAGUUCUUGCUGAGAAUAUUGUGAUCACUGUAGGCCAUAAUACGACAAACAAUGCCAGUGCGGUGUUCCAACCGCAGAGCGUGACCGCAAAGCUCAAUGAUGUUGUUGUUUUUAACUUUACGGAAGGAAACCACACUGUUACUCAGUCUCUUUUCUACGCGCCAUGUAUUUCGGCCAACAACGCCAACUCUACUAUCAACGGGUUUGAUUCGGGUUUUCGUGAUACCGUCAACGGUACUGCGAUUACCAUCCUCAGUGUCCCCAUCACCACCGACAUUGAAAACCAAACGCUCUGGUUUUUCGACUACAACACCUGUAGCGAAGGAGGCGUGGGUGGGAUUAAUGUCAAUGAGAGCAGCUCACAAACGCUAGAAGGAUUUGAGCGCAACGCUGUUCGUCUCAAUGGUACAGCUUCUUCCACGUCUUCUAGCAUGAGUCAAACUUCGACGUCGACGUCUUCCUCAUCAACUGCAGAGUCGACUUCCAAUGAUGCCCAGCGCACGGUCGUAUUUGUAGGUGCCGCGGUGAUCCCCGUUAUCUUGCUAUCGGCAUUCCUUUAG